CACAAAGACAUUCAUGGAGGAAAGUCAAAGAAACACUCUCAAAGUUCUGAUGGUGCCAUGGUUAGCACAUGGUCAUGCAACCUCAUUUUUUGAACUAGCCAAAAGACUAUCCAAAUGCAAUUUCUAUGUAUAUUUUUGUUCAACUCCAAUUAUACUUAAUUUCCUCAAACAAAGCCAAUCCAAUUAUUACUUCUCAAAUUAUAAUCAUUCAAACACAAAUAUUGAACUAAUAGAACUUCACUUGCCAUCUACCCUUGAGCUUCCACUAGAAAAUCAAACAACCAAAGGUCUACCUAGACAUCUUUUUCCAAUUCUCUUGAAAUGUUACAAAAAUGCAGGUCCAAUUUUUUCUAACAUAGUCACAAAUGUCAAUCCUGAUUUGAUCAUAUAUGACAUUUUUCAAAAUUGGGCGCCAAAAAUAGCCUCGACGUUACAUAUUCCAGCUGUUAGCUAUAUCAUUCUUGGAGCAGCAACAACUUCUUUUUUCUAUAAUCUUUAUGCAUUCGAUGGCUCGAGAGAUUUUCCAUUUCCAGAACUCUUUCUACCUCGAUACAGGUUAGAAAAGUUGUGCUCGGAAAAUGCAUCCAUGACUAAGUUUUUUGAUGACAUUUUUGCUCUUAGUGGGCUUGCAAUGUCACAAGACAUUAUUUUGAUCAACAAUUGGAAGUGCACCGAGACUAAGUACAUGGAAUAUUUCUCCGACUUAACGAAGAAUAAGGUUAUCAGUGUUGGUCCGUUGAUAGGAAACACAGAGAGCAAACCGGAGGACUCUGAAGAUAUUAUCAUAAAAUGGCUAGACAAAAAGGAACCAUAUUCAACUUUGUAUGCAGCCUUUGGUAGUGAAUGUGUAGUUAACAAGGAAGAAAUCGAAGAGAUCGCUCGUGGACUAGAGCUUAGUAAUGUUAAUUUCAUAUGGGUUGUUAAUUUUCCGUCUGGAGGGAAAAUUAGUAGUGGUAUCGAUGAGAUUCUGCCAGAAGGAUUUAAGGAACGCGUGAAAGAAAGAGGGAUGAUUGUGACCAAAUGGGCACCUCAAGCAAAAAUACUAAGGCAUUUUGGUAUUGGUGGAUUUCUCAAUCAUUGUGGAUCAAAUUUUAUACUAGAAAGUUUACAUUUUGGGGUGCCAUUAAUAGCUAUGCCAGUGCUAGUUGAUCAAUUUAUAGCUGCAAGAUAUAUGGUGGAACUUGGUGUUGGUUUAGAAGUAGAGAGAAAUGAAAAUGGAAAAGUGAAAGCAGAGGAGAUGGUGAAAGUUAUAAAGAAUGUGAUAGUGGAAAAGAAAGGAAAUGAAUUAAGGGGAAAAUCAAGGGAAUUGAGUGAAAAGAUGAAAAGGGAAGAAGGAAAAGAGAUUGAUGAAGCUGUGGUGGAACUUCAAAAGCUUUGUUUGAAGAAUAAAAACCUCUCUUGACAAGUCCAUUUGCCGGGGAAACUAUUAUGUGCCAAUCGCUAGCGCAUCUAGGGCCUUGUCGCUCAGCUCAGUCGUUAGUGACGACCUCUUGUGAACACUUUAUUGUGUAAUUUUUGCGGCAAUAUUUUCCGUUAUUUUUGUCGACUUUAUGAAACACAACUUUGUGUGGCUAAUUUUUUAAGGGUCAGCACGAAUAAGUGACGAGCCGAUUUGCCCGGGCAACUAUUCCCCUAUGUGUAAAUCGCUAGCGUAUCUAAAGCGCCUGACACCCAGCUCAGUUGUUAGUGGCGACCUCUUCGGAACACUUUCUUGAAUAAGUUUUGUGGAAAUAUUAUUCUUUAUUUGUGUCGACUUUAGAGAAAGUAACUUUUUGUAUUUUUAUAAGGGUCGGCACAAAUAAGUUUUGGUGACGAGUCUAUUCCCAAUAAAGUUAAAGGUUGCCACCAAGAUAUCUUUUGUGGCGAUUUUUCUCAUUUCUUGCAGUGAUUUCAAGAA